UGCCAGCAGAUGAUGAGUGAUCUGCCGCCAGAACGCUCACAGCGUGCCAACCCAUUUGAGUACACCACGCUUGACCUCUUUGGCCCCUUCGAAAUCAAGGAUGCUGUCAAGAAAAGAAUAGGAAAGAAGGUGUGGGGCAUAGUCUUCUGUUGCAUGGCAUCAAGGGCAGUUCAUGUGGACCUGGUUGACGAUCAAUCAUCUGAAAGCUUUCUCCAAACUUACUCUCGCUUUGUAGCGUUGAGAGGCCAUCCUAGAAAGUUGUGGUCAGAUAGGGGAACCAAUUUCAUUGGAGCUAAACCUGCCCUACAAGACUUGCACAAAUACCUAGCUACCUUACCAGAAGCAUCCAUAGAAGACAAUGCAAUCAAGGGUGGGACUGAAUGGGUAUGGAACUUUCAUCCAGCUGAUGCACCUCAUCGCAACGGGGCUGCGGAAGCUGCAGUUAAGCUCAUAAAGAGGGCUCUCACUAGCCUUGGAGGGACGACAAGCUCACUUACCUGGGGUGAACUCCAAACCCUCUUCUUCCAGGCAGCUAACCUCACCAAUCAAAGGCCGAUUGACGCCAGGGCACAAGAGCAAGAAGAUUCCGUAGAGUAUCUGACCCCCAACAGUCUGCUCCUCGGGAGGACCAGGCAAGGAGGAGAUACAGGAGGAAUUGACUUGUGCACCCAUCCCUGGCGCCGACUCAGAGCCAUCCAGAUUGGUGUGGAUAUGUUCUGGAAGAAGUGGAGUGAACUUGCCGGACCAAAUCUCUUCAUUCGACCAAAGUGGCACAAAACCCAAAGGAAUGUCGCUGUCGGUGACGUUGUUUGGGUUGCCGAUCAGAAUGCACUGCGAGGACAAUUCCGGCUUGGAUGGAUCCAGGCCGUGCACCCCGAUAAGAUAGGACUUGUAAGAGACGCAGAUGUGAAGCUGUGUGCAGGUCUCCCUGCCUCCUUAAUAGUUGGGCAACUGAAGAGGAACCCUCAGCAGCUGACGUCAGUAAUUCUACGGAGAGACGUGAGGAGACUAGUCGUCCUCAUCCCUGUGGAAGACCAGUGACUCUUAGACCUCGUCUCAUCAGCCAACAGCUCUGCAGGCACUGCAUUCUGAAGGGAAGGUGCCUGAACAGUGACAAUGGCAUCCUAAUCUUCAUAGAAAGAAAAGAAAAAAGAAAAAAAAAAAAAAAAAAAAAAUGUGAAAAUUGUUAUAUGGUGUAAUGUAAUGUCUGGCUGUGACCGCCUUGAAUCGCAUGAUCAGUUGGUCAAGUGGGAGGUGUUAAGCGCACUACGUUACAGGGAUACGUUUCCAAAGUCACAGGUGGGCACGUUUCCAACGUCACAACAAAACACAGGUGAAAUGAAUGAUAGUGGGAGUGUCACUUACCUUGAUUGAAGCGCGGGCCAGUUAUAGCGUGCACUAAAACAUCCUAAUUAGUCCAAACGAAAUGGUGAAUGAGCACGGCAUAUAAACGGGAGCAAGAACUAGUUUGCAUGUUGUCACGUCAGGAGAGAUGCGCCACCGGUUUAUAACCUGUAAUUUGUGGAUUAACAACUGUAUGGAAAAUCAAACAAAAGAAAUAAAAAACCACAAAGAGUUAUAACAACGUGUCCUCUUCUGACGCCCCGUUCGGUGGGGAGAAUCACCAAAGAACCGAAC